AUGGCGAGUGCCACCGAGACCGGCUAUGUCGGCAACCUCACGUCCACCCAAGAGGUCAAACUGCGAAACUUCUGGAAAAUUCUCAUGCAAUCUUGGGGUGCUAACAUCUCAGCCCCGACGACUGGCUCGAAUGAAUCGGCGCACUCUAAUGGCUCAGCGCAACUACGCCCAAGAUUAUUCUCUCUAAGUCGAGCACCAACCCAACCCACCGAGAACGAAACGGCUGCGAUUCCUGCGCAAUUUCUCUCCUCCUUGAAAGAAUUAGACGCGGGCCCCAACGAGCUCAAAAGCAUCAAUGCACUGUUAUUGAAAUUAUCCGGCGAUCGGUUGCGAUCGACUUAUCUCACUGUUCUCAAGCAAGACCAUCCCGAUGCGCUGCUUUUGCGCUUUCUGCGUGCCGAGAAAUGGGAUGUGCCCAAGGCCUGGAUUAAGUUCAUUGCCGCCCUGGACUGGCGUGUGAAUGAGUUCAAAGUCGAUGAAGAAGUAAUGUUGAAAGGCGAAGGACACAACUUUGAAAAGUCAAAAUUGACCGAUAACUCGGACGAGAAGAAAGAUGGUGAGGGAUUCAUGCUUCAGGCAUAUACCGGCAAGGGCUUUUUCCAUGGCAAGGAUAAAUAUGACCGGCCUAUUUGUGUGGUCAGAGUGCGGCUGCAUGAUCCGAGCACGGCAACCAAAAAGGGCCUGAACGACUACAUUAUUCACUGCAUCGAGACUGUUCGUUUCUUGCAGGUACCUCCAGUAGAGACUAUGACCAUUGUGUUUGACCUCACCUCUUUCAGUCUCUCUAACUGGGAUUUCCCACCUGUCAAGUUCAUUAUUGACAUCUUCCAAGAGAGCUAUCCCGAGUCCCUGGGAGCGAUGAUCUUCUACAAUGCUCCCUGGAUUUUCUCUGGAUUUUGGAAGCUCAUCCGAGGAAUUCUUGACCCUGUCGUUGCUGCAAAGGUCCACUUCAUCAGCGGCGCCAAGGAUCUUGAGCAAAUAAUUCCAGAGGACCAAAUCAUCAAGGAGCUUGGCGGCAAGGAGGAUUGGGACUACAAGUACAUCGAACCCGAGGCAAGCGAGAAUGCGAGGCUCCUUGACACCGAGACACGGAGUACACUUCUUGCCGAGAGAGAAAAGCUAGGAGGCGAGCUAUUCACCUUUACUAGCAAUCUGAUUGCCAACCCCAAGGACGAUACUUCCCUGAAACGUCGUGAGGAAGUGAUCAAAAAGCUCCGCGAGAACUACUGGACUCUUGACCCCUACAUCCGUGCUCGUUCCCUUUUAGAUCGGACUGGAGUCAUUCAAAGCAAUGGCAAAGUCGAUUUCUACCCUCCUGUGAAGGCGCCCGCUGCGACAGAGACACAGGCACCUGUCACGAAUGAAAAGGUCGACACCACGACGGAGCAGGUGAGCGAGCCACCUUUGACCGCUGCUGCGAGUUAA